UCAAAUAUAACCGUCACAUUCCAUCAUAAAAUUUACAGUUAACAAAAUCAUUUUUGUGUUGUUUUUAACCUAGUUAUCUGAUUGCUCCACUGCAGAGGGAUUUCAAUAGUAAGCGCCCAUGGCUAUAACAAUGGCGUUGGAAGAGAGCACGUCCGACUCAAAGCUUCACAAGGACAGCACCAACAAGAAGGAGCUGCGGCCACUUAGCGCUGUCUCAUAUUCAAGGUCUGAACACGGACCUGAAACAACGUCAUCUGUAGAACAAUUAAAGCAGUAUAAGAGCUGGGUGAGUACCGAAAGAUGGAAUGAGCUGAAAAAGAUUGCGGACACCGCGAUGAAGGACCACAAAGUGUUCAUGAUCAAAGGCGGUGGAUUUCCUGCAGUGCGUCGAGCGUUGACAGAACGCGGAUGGAUCGAGAAAUAUGAAUCACAUAAGGUUCGUCAUCCGCCGGCAAAUAUUGAUCCGAAAAAAGUUGUUGGCAAAGAACUUACGAAAGUAGAGAGGAUGAUAUUGUACAAGUUUAUGGAACACCACUCCGUUGACUUUCUCUGGACGACAAAAAGGGACAAAUAUGACUGGUUAUUGAGCAAUAAGGAGGUCGUUAUUAGCAGGUUUUGUAGAUCAAUAUUCACAACAAAAGAAGGUCUCACCGCUUCGCUCACUCAAAUGCAUUGGUACACGGAUCCCGGGACAGCUCUAACAAACUUUCCUCGCUGCUACAAUAUUCAUAACUCCGAUAACCUGGAAGAGUUUAUUGAAGACUUUCGAACAACAGCCUGCAUAAGUCUUGUCAAAUGGUUCUGUCAAAUGUUCGAACCGAACAAUGAAAACAAUCCGAUCACGAAUUGCGGGAAAGUGCCGUUCAGUGCUAUUGAAUUUGCAAUAAAUAGAUUGAAUGAAUACAUUGUAUUCUAUUCCCACAAGGACAUUGAUAAUGUCGAUGACGAAAUUCAACAUAUAUGGGAACAUGAGUGGGACCAAUUCCUGACACAUCACUAUCUUCUAGUGCACGAGAAGGCGAAAUUUAUGGCAGAUUCCAAUGUUAACGUUAGACAAAUAGAAAGGAGGGCCAGCAAAGCUUUGGCAUCGAUAGCAAAGUAUUGGCCGCAGCUAGACAUUGAUGGGGUCUUAAACAUUUGGAUCGUGAAGCCAGGCAACAAAUGUCGCGGAAAAGGGAUCCAGCUCAUGAAUAAUAUUAAAGAUAUCAUUGGUCUUCUUAAUAUACCCGCUCAGAAAAAUAGAUACGUCGUACAGAAAUAUAUUGAAAACCCGCUUAUUAUAUAUAAUACAAAGUUUGAUAUACGCCAAUGGUUUUUGAUAACGAAUUGCCAACCAUUGACUAUCUGGAUAUACAAAGACAGCUAUCUAAGAUUCAGCUCGCAAAUAUUCAGCCUGUCAAAUUAUCAUGAAUCUGUACAUCUUACUAAUAACGCCGUGCAAACGAAAUAUAAAAAUAAUGGUGAGAGAGAUAAAGCCUUACCCGAUGAAAAUAUGUGGGACUGCCAUUCAUUCAAAGCUUAUCUUAGACAGAUAGGAAAGUCUGAAUUAUGGGACUCAAAAAUAUAUCCCGGCAUAAAACAAUGUCUUAUCGGAGCAAUGCUAGCUUGUCAAGAAAGUAUGGACAAGAGGCAGAAUAGCUUUGAAUUGUACGGAGCUGAUUUCAUGUUGACCGAAGACUUCACGCCGUGGCUAAUCGAAAUAAAUUCUAGUCCGGACUUGGCGCCUACGACGUCUGUUACAGCACGACUAUGUCCCCAAUGUCUUGAAGAUGUAAUUAAAGUUGUGCUCGAUCGGCGAUACAACGCGGACGCUGAUACCGGUACAUUUGAAUUAGCCUACAAGCAGGUCAUACCGAAGGCGCCAGCGUACCUCGGCCUCUCGUUAUGCAUCAAUGGAAGGCGGCUCCACAAGAAACAGCUUAAGGAGCACAAACAUCAUCACAGAAGCGUGACUCCGUUGGCACCUCGUACACAAAUCGGCGACGUCAUCGAAGAUGCCCUCCAGCCAGUGCCACCGGAGUAUAGUGGACCUAUCAUCACUGACUUCCUUACGUGGUUGAAUCCUUACGACAGCCUUCCCACGAAUAAAGAUGGUAUACUAUUAGGCCCCAAGGAUUCUUUAACGGAUCCGAGGAAGACGCGAAAAAAAUCAAGAAUCUAGACGACGCGUCGUGAGACACUCUUGCUGCAGGCCCGAUGACGACCAAGAGGCGAAGCUAAGCAGAAAAUAUCGCACCGAGUCAGCGAGGAAAUUGGAUAAGCCAAAAAUCGAUAUGUCGGUUGGUAACAAGCGGUGUUACAUCGACCCUGUGGAAUGGGAACGAGAGACGGACAGCAUAUUAAGAUCUACGAUUUCGGUUCAAAACAAACUCGCAGCUCGUACUGAAAAUUGUACGAAAAGCCUUGCGCCUGUAAGAAAAGCCAAAUCGGGUCUCGUUGGUGUCAACCAAAAGUCUUUAUUGCAACCGAUGAGCUCACGAAGUUGUGCUAACGAUUCAAACUCAUUAAAAAAACUAAGCGCCAUCGGAAGAAACAUUUGUAGAAUUCAAAACGAAAAUAGAGUAAAACAGAAAUCAAUUAUUUUUUCAAAAAGCUGCACAUCAAUUUACCCGAAUUACGGAGUCGUGGUAUUGCCCCCGAAUAGCGAAACCCCUAAUACAUUAUUCAAGAGGAAGACCGCAAUCUAAAUAUCUCCAACUUUAU